AUGAACCGUCAACUGUGCUGGACGAGCUCCAGCCGACGUAGGUUAAGCCCUGUCUGUUGUUUGACCGGCGAGUCGCUGUGUCAAGCGAAUGCGAACAAGUCUUCGACCCUUGUCGACAAGCCGUUGGAGCACAACAUGGUCAGCGAGCUCAGAACGGGCUGGACGAGUUCCUGCCGACCAGGUUCGAUGCUGCUAACUUUUGAUCCGAUAUGCCGACAGGCUGACCAUGUCGCUGGACGAGUUCCAGCUGACCAGGCGAGAAUGCUAUUUCCCUUGUCUUACCAUGAAGGACAGGUGGCGAAAUUUUACGAAGACUUCGCCAGCGUCUCCAACCCUCCUCCUUUUUCGACCGGGCUCGGGACCGGCAACGGCGGUAUCGGCGUUUCAGCUCGUGACCAACAGGCCUUCUUCAAGGUAGACGUUGUUGGUUUCCGCAAUCCGUUAUGCGUUGAGGAAUCGGCGACAUCCGUCUCAGAGUUGAAUGGAUUUUCCAUAAAUCUGUAUGCUUCAUCCCCCCAUAAAAACGCAUCCUUUUUGUUGUGA